GACAAGAAAAGCUGUCUUUAUAAUAUUUAUCUUUUGCAACCUUAAAGGAAGGAAGGAAGGAAGGAAAGGAGCUGUGUCAACGAAAUGGAAAGCAGUGGAGAUGGUGAUGCUAAACAGUUAGCAAUGAAGCUAGACAAGAGGGUAGGAGGAAUUAAAGCUGCAGUUUUCGUGUAUGCGACGGGAGGGCUGGAGAACAUGGCGUUUGUAGCGAAUGCAGUGAGCCUGGUGACUUACGUUAUGGGGUAUAUGAACUUUGGGCUGACCAAAUCUGCAAACACCGUCACAAGCUUCAUGGGAACAUCUUUCGGUCUUGCACUCUUAGGAGGAGUCAUUGCUGAUACAUGCUUCACAAAAUUCACCACCUGUGUCCUCUUUGGAUUCCUUGAAGUACUGGGAUAUGCCCUGCUGACAGUACAAGCACACUUGGAUCAACUAAGGCCAACUCCUUGCACCGAUAUUUCAAAACCAUGCGAGGCUGCAAAUAGUGGCCAAGAAGCAAUUCUUUACACUGGUCUAUACCUGGUGGCGCUAGGAACCAGUGGGGUUAAGGCGGCUUUGCCAUUGUUGGGAGCUGACCAGUUCGAUGGCAAGGACCCUAAAGAGGCACUUCAACUUUCAAGCUACUUCAACUGGUACACCUUUAGCCAGACGUGUGGUUCUAUAACCGGGGUCACUUUUCUAGUGUGGAUAAGUUCUAACAUCGGUUGGGAUUGGGCGUUUGGAGUCUGCACCGUAGCGGUCUUGCUUGCAAUUGUGUUGGUGUCAAUUGGCAAGCCUUUUUAUAGGAACAAUGCACCUAAUGGAAGCCCCAUUAUUCGAAUCCUACAGGUACUUGUGGCUUCCAUCCACAAAAGAUCCCUUCCAAUACCGGGGAAGGAAGAUGAAUUAUAUGAGAUAAAUGGCAAAGGAACAGUGGUGAUGCCAGAAGUUCUUCAGAGAACCAAUCAGUUUAGGUUCUUGGAUCGAGCAGCUGUUCAUGUAACCUCUCGGGGUGGAAUGAACCCAGGACCCUGGAGGCUUAGUACAGUGACCCAAGUAGAAGAAACCAAGAUUUUACUUCGCAUGCUCCCCAUCGUACUCAGCACAGUUUUCAUAAAUACUUGCUUGGCUCAACUCCAAACAUUUUCCAUACAACAAAGCUUGACCCUGGACACUCGAAUAUUUGGUUUCAAAAUCCCCGCUACCUCCAUUCCUGUCAUUCCCCUGACAUUCAACUUGAUUUUCAUUCCAAUUUAUGACCGCAUUCUCCUUCCAAUUGCCCGAAGAAUGACAGGAGUUCCAACAGGAAUCCGGCAUCUUCAGCGAAUUGGAGUGGGAUUGGUGCUCUCAACCAUUUCCAUGGCAAUCUCUGCAGUCAUUGAGACCAGGCGUAAAUCUGUGGCAUUUAAGCACAACAUGGUAGAUUCUACCGACCCUCUUCCAAUGAGUGUGUUUUGGCUUGGGUUCCAACACGCCGUAUUUGGGCUGUCUGAUAUGUUCACAUUAGUUGGGCUGCUACACUUCUACCAUGCGGAGAGCUCAGCUGGUAUGAAAGGAACCAGCACAGCUCUCCUCUGGUUUUCUCUAGCAGUUGGUUACUUAACAAGCUCAGUUGUGGUGGAGGUCGUGAACAAGGCCAGCGGCGGUUGGUUGGCUUCAAACAACCUCAACAGAGACAACUUAAACUAUUUCUACUGGUUAUUAUCAGCGUUGAGUACUCUUAACUUUCUCAUUUAUUUGGUGUGUGCCUCUUGGUACAAAUAUAAGAACGUGGAGGAAAUGAAGCAAGAAGAAAAUUCUCUUCAUGGUAAUGCUGAUAAGGUCUCAGAGGCAGCUUAAAGAUUAUAAUGAUGUAAUAACAAGUGAUUCACAUGAAUAAGAUCAAAAUGUUGGAAGUAGAUCAAUAUACAUGGGGAUAGAACAACCAUACCCAGAUUC